AGCUAUGUGAAUUAGCAAUGUCUUUUAUACAACAAAAGAAAUUUGUAUGUAUAUGUCUGUUAAUUUUGAUAUUGGCUAUGCUUUAUACCCUAUAUCUAAUGUGCAACAGUAACUAUUGUAUCAUACAUUGCACGAACAAUGGAAAUUUCAAGAAAAAAGGGAAUAACGAGAAUUUGCACAAAGGAGAUCUGAUCAAAGGAGAUUUGAACAAAGGAGAUUUGAACAAAGGAGAUCUGAACAAAGGAGAUAACAAGAAAGAGAGCAUCCUCCAGGAUGCACCAGGUAAAUGUAAGAAGUAUGCAAACAAGACGGAUUGUCAGCCAUUACAUUACUCAUACACCCCCCUCCCUAGGACAACACUGAGCAGUAUCCCAGGGUCAGGAAACACGUGGGUGAGACAUCUGUUACAACAGAUGACAGGUAUCUACACAGGGUCGAGGUAUUUCGACAAAGUCCUAUAUAAAAAUGGAUUUCCUGGUGAGGCUAAAGUUAUACCAUGGGAUGGAAGUGUCAUAGCUGUAAAAUCGCACGAUUUCAACGACGUAUAUGACAAGAUGAUUGCACUUAUAAGGAAUCCGUACGAUAUGAUAUUAGCAGAGUUCAAGAGAGUUUCUACCCCAAGUAAAAACCACUCUGUCAACAUAGCUAACACUAUAUUCCAACAAAGGAAAAAUGAAUUUACAAACAAAGUGAACAGGAUGGGAUCAAGAUGGUUCACGCAAAUGAACAUCUUCGUCAAUAAAGUAAUAAUUAAUACCACAAGAAAAACACCAUUCAUUGUUAUACAUUAUGAAAAUCUAAAACAACAUCUGAGGCAUGAGUUAAGGCGCCUGGCGGAUUUUCUGAAUACAUCAAUCACAAAUGAACUACUUGAUUGUAUUGAAUGUAAAAGUGAAGGUCGUCACCAUAGGCACAGCACAGAGAAAGUAGAUCCGUUCACAUUGCAACAGAAAUUAUUCCUUAACAACUAUAUAACUCAACUCAAUCGGACUUUAAAGAAAGCAUGUGGAGAAUUGUGUGUAUUUCCAUAUAGACCUCAUGAGAUAACCAUGACAUGAGAUAUAAAUUGAAACACAAUUGCUGAUAUGUUCAUCCAAUCCAGAAUGUCUGAGGUGUCCAAGUCCAAGAACAUAUCUAGAGUGGGCUGUCAGGAGAUUAGGAGAGGCAGAUUUUCUUAUGAUCCCCUUUCAUUACAUGUAUAUCACCAAUGGGUGUUAAUUCGAAAGUACUUUCAAUAUAAUGACAAUGGAAGUCACUGGCGGAUCCAGGGGAGGCCCCAUGGGGCACGGGCCCCUCCCCCUAAAUGGGCCUUUUUAGCAUAACUUGGCCUUUUUGGCCAAAUUAUCA